AUGACGUCUACAGUGGCCCGAGAGUCAAUGUUGGCACCGCCACCAAGUGAAUUGGAUAGUGAAGGUUCAAGUUGUGGUGAAGAUAGUAGAAAAAGAUUACGAGAUGAUGGUAAUUAUCCAAAAAAACGUAGAAAGCAAACAACACCAGUGAGAUUUCCAAUAACAUUUGAAACACAAAAUUCACAAUUUAAUGAUAAUAACGAUGACAAUGAUGAUGUAGAUGAUGUAGAUGAUGUGGAUGAGAUAGAUGAUGAUGAUGAUAAUAACAACGAUGAUAAUAUGGAUAAUAAUGAUAAUGAAAAUUUAAAUACCGAAUAUCGUUGUCAAUAUUGUGGUCGUGAUUUUGAUGAUAAUAAUUAUUUAUCACAUCAUUUAAUAAAUGAACAUGGUAUAAAUACUACAACACAAUUAUCAAGUCCAACAUUACAAGAUAAUGUACGUGUUAAAAUUGAAAAUCAACAACAACAAAAUCAACAAGAUGACAAUGAAACACCUGUUAAUUUAUCUGGUAUAAGUAUUAAAAAUUUUUCAACAUCAUCAUGGCUAACAAAUCAUGGACAAGAUAAUGAUUGGUCAAAUCAAAAUCAAUUAACAACAACAACAUUGCCACCAAAUCAUAUGUCUGGUAUGACAUAUCCAGGUGGAAUUGGACAAUAUUUAACAAUGCCUGGUGGUUAUUCAUUAAAUGAUGCUGGACAAUUACCACGUAUGCCAAUUGGACCAGCACCAAUGAGAAUAUUUAAUCCAGAUGCAUACUGUGAAUUAUGUCAUAAAGAAUUUUGUAAUAAAUAUUUUCUUAAAACUCAUAAAGCAAAUAAACAUGGUAUUUAUACUGAUCCACCAUCAAAUUCAUCUGAAAAUAGUGGCUCAUCUGUAUUUCCAGGUAUACCAUUUUCACUUGGUGGUAUUAAAAUUGAACAAUCACAAUUUCAACAGCAACACCAACAACAACAACAAUUACAAUCAUCAAUAAUUGAUGUAUCAUUAAUGCCAACAAUACCAUGUGAUAUUUGUCAAAAACGUUUUAAAAAUGAUGAAUUACUUAAAAAACAUAAACAACUAAAUCAUACAGAUAUUUUACAAGAUCAACAAUCUGAAUCACAAUCAUUACCAACACCAGAUACAAUGAAUAAUGAUGAUGACGAUGAUCAUGAUGAUGAUGAUCGUGAUAAUGUUAGUAAUAGUCCAAGUGUUAUGGAAUCAUUAUUUAAACAAGAAUUUGGAAUUGAACAAGAAGAUACAAAAUUUAUGCCAGCACCAAGAAAUUUAUCACCUCAAUCAAUACAACAAGCUAAAGAUUCAAAUUUUAAUAUUGAAAAAUUACGUAAACUUGGUAUUUUAAAUACAGAUGCAUUUUGUGAAAUAUGCUGUAAAGAAUAUUGUAAUAAAUAUUUUUUACGUACACAUAAAUUAAAAAGACAUGGUAUAUUAAUACAAGAUGAUGAAAAAUCACCAAAUAAUCCUGGUGCAGCAGCAACAUGGCAUCAAAUACAAACAAGUCCGUUAAAUUUAAUAAUAAGUGAUAGUAAUAAUGAUGAUUCACAAUCAAAUGAUAAAAAUAAUGAAGAAUGGAAAUGUAAAUUAUGUUGUAUUAAAUUUCAAACAAUUGAACUUUAUAAAUUACAUAAAUUUAAAAUUCAUAAUACAAAUAAUGAAUGUGAUAAAUUAAUUAAUAAUAAUGAUGAAGAACGUACUGAUUCAAUAUCAGAAGAUUUACAAAAAUUACAAACAAUGAUAUUACAAUUAAAUGGUAUUGAAUCAAGUAAAUCAUCAACAUGUGGUAUAUGUGGUCGUGAAUGUGAAAAUCAAUUAACACUAAAAACUCAUAUGGAUAUUGAACAUAAUAAUAGUACAAAUGAUGAAAGAUUAUUAUCAUCAUCAUCAUCACCACCAUCAUCACAAACAAUUCAUUCAAAUAUUCAAUUAAUCAAUAAUUCAAAUUAUUAUUGUACAAUUUGUGAAAAAGAUUAUCAAACACAAGAUUUAUUAAGACAACAUAUUAAUGAUGAACAUAAUCAAACAUCAUUAUCAUCAUUAUCAACUAAUAAUAAUAAUAAUAGUAUUAAUAAUACAAUACCACCACCACAAGAUAAAAAAUUAUCAUCAAUGACACCAACUUCAAGUUAUUGUGAAAUAUGUAAUAAAGAAUUGUGUAAUAAAUAUUUUAUGAAAACCCAUAUGCAAAGAAUGCAUGGUAUUGAAAUUGAAAAUGGAUCACAAAUUGGUGGUGUUAUUUGUAAUAUAUGUAAUAAAGAAUUAUGCAGUAAAUAUUUUCUUCGUGUACAUAAACAUAAUACACAUGGUAUUGUUGAUGAAAAUACAACACCAACAAUUAAAAAUCAAGAUAUACAAAUUGAUACAGAUGAUAAUUGUCAAACAUUUAAACAAGAUAAUAUUGGUGAUCUUAGUCAUCGUUAUUUUUUACAUUUUACGGAAAUAUGUCCAAUAUGUAAUACAAGAUUUCGUAGUAUAAAAUGGCUUAAAACACAUUUAAUGAGUGAACAUGGAAGAGCUGGUAUUGAUAAAUGGCAUGAAGUUGAAAAUAAAUAUCAAAAUAUACCAAAAAAUAAAUUUAAUAAUUCAUCAUCAAGUCGUACAAAUAAUAUACAACAAAAUACAAAUUUAAAAAUACCAAAUGGCAUUGAUGUAACACAAACAUCAUUAAAAAAUCCAACAACAACAACAACAACGAUAAAUAAUGAUUACACUGGUAAUAUUAGUAAUCAAGUAUUGACAACAUUAUUUGGUAAUAAUGAUGAACAACAAAAUAAAAAUUAUCGUUGUUCAUAUUGUAGUUUUACAACACCAGUAUUACCAUUUUUAUUUCUUCAUGAAAGAUCACAUACAAGUAAUCAAGAAAAUAUAACAAGUAAUACAGAAAAUAAUUUACAAUGUCCAAUAUGUUCACAAUUAUUUUUACAACCAGAAUUAUUACAUCAUCAUUUAUUAACACGUCAUCAAUUAUCAGGUUUAUUAUCACAAUUUACAAAUAUAUCAUCAUCAUCAAUUGUCAAUCAAAUUGUUGAUAAUAAUCAAGAACGUAAUUGUGAAUUAUUUGAACAACAAAAAACAGAUAAUAAUAAUGAACAAUCAACAAUAUCACAAUUAAAUAAUACAACAACAACAACAACAACAAAAGAUGAUAAUAAUUGUGCUGUUGAAGUUACACCACAAGGUGCAUAUAAAUGUUCACAAUGUGGUUUUGCAACAGCAAAUUUAAAUAGAAUUAAAAAACAUGUUAAAAAAGAUCAUCGUUGUAUUGGUGAUCCAACUGAAUGUGUUAUAUCUGAAUUGAGUAAAACAUUAAAAGAUGUUGCUAAUAAACAAAAAUUACCAGCAAGUUAUGCAAUGCCACAAGAUAUUAAUUUUAAUCCUGAUUUAACUGUUAUGCAACCAUUUAUUAUUGAAGAAAAUGAUUCAUCAACAUGUAUUGAUGAUACUGAUAAUAAAAAAAUAUUUUCAUCAGCAUUGGUCUACUUACCGGUACGUACACGUGUCAAUAGUGUUCUUACGGCUUCCUUCACCCUAAGUCCUGCCUGA